AUGAUGUCUGACUGUUUGUUUGCCUGUCUGUCUGAUAUCUAUCUAUCUAUCUAUCUAUCUAUCUAUCUAUGCCUACCUACCUAUCCAUCGACAAAUGCUUGCCUAUCUAUCUAUGCCUACCUGCCUAUACAUCUAUCAAUGCUUGCCUAUCUAUCUAUCUAUCUAUCUAUCUAUCUAUCUAUCUAUCUAUCUAUCUAUCUAUGCCUACCUACCUAUCCAUCGACAAAUACUUACCUAUCUAUCUAUGCCUACCUGCCUAUACAUCUAUCAAUGCUUGCCUAUCUAUCUAUCUAUCUAUCUAUCUAUCUAUCUAUCUAUCUAUCUAUCUACAAAUGCUUGCCUAUCUAUCUAUGCCUACCCGUCUAUACAUCUAUCAAUGCUUGCCUAUCUAUCUAUCUAUCUAUCUAUCUAUCUAUCUAUCUAUCUAUCAUCUAUCUAUCUAUCUAUCUAUCUUUGCCUACCUACCAUCCAUCGACAAAUACUUACCUAUCUAUCUAUGCCUACCUGCCUAUACAUCUAUCAAUGCUUGCCUAUCUAUCUAUCUAUCUAUCUAUCUAUCUAUCUAUCUAUCUAUCUCCAUGCCUACCCACCUAUCCAUCGACAAAUACUUACCUAUCUAUCUAUGCCUACCUGCCUAUACAUCUAUCAAUGCUUGCCUAUCUAUCUAUCUAUCUAUCUAUCUAUCUAUCUAUCUAUCUAUCUAUCUAUCUACAAAUGCUUGCCUAUCUAUCUAUGCCUACCCGUCUAUACAUCUAUCAAUGCUUGCCUAUCUAUCUAUCUAUCUAUCUAUCUAUCUAUCUAUCUAUCUAUCUAUCUAUCUAUCUAUCUAUCUAUCUAUCUAUGUCUGCAUAUCUCUCUACUUACCUAUCUAUGUAUAUAUGUUAG